AUGUCUGGAAGGCCCGAGGAAGGACAUUACGGUAAUGAGGAAAGCCAAUCGCCUACUGUGCCACGACAAGAUCGGAGGAGAUUGAGGCUGGAGUCCAAUAGUGACACAGAUCAGCCCGCUGCGACUCGCAGAGGAGCGGAGGAAAGGCAGCGACCGCAGUUGACCAUGAGCAGCAGCGUGGAGGACAUACUGCUGGAGGGAAGCACUCUCAGGAACAAAAUGAAGCUGAAUGAAUUCCUUCGGAGCAACUUGGGCGGCAUGGCGGCUGUUGAUGAAGAACACAACGUGACGAUGGAGGCGUUUGUUCAGGAUCCCGAGACGUUUAUCCAAAACAAAAGGUUGUUACGCACAAUAACGGCAUUGCCGUCAUACAGCGAACUAGAAAGAGAGAUGAAAAGAGAGCUGGAUGAGAGGAAAAUACUAUUGGAGGCCAUUUAUAAGCUUAAUCGCGGUGGUGUGCUCUCUCUCGAGCAAUGGAGGGACUAUGAAGGAAAGGAUACGGUCACUCCUCUUCCAAAAGCAAAACUAAACAGAGUUCUCACUCAGCUACUGAGAGAAGGAAACCGGGAGGCGGAAGAAAGGGGAAUGCGUGAGGAAGAAGAAAGGCAAAGACGAGCGCAAGAAAUGGAAUUUACCAUUUCCACUACGAUCGAAGAUGUACUGUUUAAAGGAAGAGUCCGCGUCAAGGACACAAAGCUGAAUGAUUUUCUUACGAUGGAAUUUGGCGGAAAGGGCAUUGUGGCUACCAAUCGGGAUGUUUUGCUGAAGGAGUUUUUUAAGGAACCGGCGAGGUAUAUCCAUGAUGCGAGAGUACUGGACGAAAUACGGGCAACAGAUCGUUAUUUGAAGAUGGGGAGGGCUGUAAUGGAUGAAGUGAAUAUGGAAGAAGAUGUACGCAUGCUUCACGAGAAUGGUGUGUUCUCUCUCGAGCAAUGGAGGGAAUAUGAAGGAAAGGAUACGGUCACUUCUCUUGCAAAGGGAAAACUAAACGCUGCCCUUUCUCGGGCGCAGAUAUCAACGUCCGUGGUUAAAUCAACGGUGCUGAAGGGAUAUUACGAGUCUGUGUACAAUGCGGGGUGGAGCCAUGUGGUGGAAGUUCCUGACGGCGAUGAGGAAGAGGAAACAGAAAUGGGAAUGGAGGUGAGGAAGGGGAAACCAGAACAGUCAUGGACUUACAAGAAAGUUGGCGAAACUCUCGAAAGGAAUGACAGUGUGCAGCAAUCCGGUGAAGCACGUCUCAGGCUGAUGGUGCUCACUUCGGACAAGGGAUGGCCAUACUCGUGGGAAGAGGAUGAAUUCAUUCGUGACUGCUCUGUGAACUGUGAGGUGGAGCGAGCGUGGCAGAUUGUCAAGGGCGAUCUCACCGAAUGGUUCAGCCCUCGCGGUGAGAACAAAUUGACGCCUGGGCGGCAUCUGGUAAUUGGGACGCCCGGGAUCGGGAAGUCGAUGAAUGCCGGUUCGUACCUCCUGUAUCAGCUGCUGCACUACGAUGCCAAGAAACUCCCUGUGGUUCUGUACGUUAUUGGAAAUGGAACAUUCUUGUUUGAAAAGACCACCCAAACGGUGACAAAAUACGUGGGUGGGGCCAGUAUUGACGAUGUUCUUGAUUUCCUCUCUGACCGUGGGGUGAAUGCGUAUAUUAUCUACGACGUGGCAAAAGAGGGCCGUAAACCGUAUCCGAUUUCUAAUUCUCGCAAAUGGGGCAUGAUUGUGGUGACAUCGCCAAACCCGGACAACUUUGGCGCAUGGGAGAAAUACAAGUCACCGAAGCGAAUCAUAAUGAAUUGUCCUGAAAAAGACGAUGUGAAGGCGAUGUGCGUUUGGAUGAAGCGCAAUGAUUCAGGUGAGCAAGCUGAGUACUGGAAUGUGGUGAAUGGUCGAGUGGAUAAAGUGGGACCACUUCUCCGCUACAUCUUUGAUGACACCAAAUACAAUAAUCGGAAUGACUUGUGCGAAGAUACUGUUAAUAGCCUGAGCCGCAUCGAAGCCGAAUAUUACCUUCACUUCGGAACUGGGAAAAUGUUGGGUGGUAACAACGUUUCCCACAAGCUUGUGAGGAUCGUCCGAGUACGAGGAGGAAAAAAUUGUGAAUUGACCUUUAAUGGACUGAUGUCUCCUUAUCUCGGAAAUUUAACUUUAUGCAAAUUGGCGGAGUUAAUGAUGCCGAAUGAUUUUAUUUUACUCGUAUUGGCUAUCAAGGACGAUCUCUUAUCAAAAGUCCUUGAAAAGUAUUCCGUGUUUACGUUUUUGAGCGAGGCCUUUGUAAGUGCAAUAAUACCGAAACUCAGGGAGCUGAAACUAACAGAAAAUGCUCCACCACAUCUCUGUGCGCUGAGAGAGCAUCCACAUGAGCGCCCUCUCAAGCCCUCUCUUUUACCGUUACUGGAAAAUUUCGAGAAGAAGAUUAAUAUAGAGUGUCGGGUGUUGUACAAGCCGGAGGCUCAAAACUUUCCGCUGUUGGACGCCUUUUUCUUCGUGAACUCAAAUCCGAAGACGCUGGUUGGGCUGCAGAUUACUACGGCGGGUGAGCAUCACACCAUACCCAGCACCGUGAAUCUGUUCAAUGAGCGUAUGGCGGAAUAUUUUAAUGGCUGGGAGCAAUUUUCUGAGGGAUUGUCGUGGGAUAUUAUUUAUGUGCAGCACGCAGACACCACGCCGCUAACUGGCUGGCAGAGAUGUGGUCCCGUCAAUCCCAAUAAUUUGACCCCCGCUGAAGAAGAGAUUGUGUCGUUCUGGAACGAAAAGGUGCACCAGUACCAAGUUUCUGUAUCAUCCAGAGACUUUAGAAGAGACGAAGCACCCCGAAGUGUGGAAGAACAACAACAACAGGGAACAGAUUAG